UGUCCCAAUCCUGCCUGUCACCAGGAAGUAAACCUACAUGCUCUCCCGACAAGUUCUGUCAGUAAAGGUCUCUGCAGUUUUAGUUUACACUUCAAAAUGAGUAAAACAGUUGAUACAGAAAACGAAACUAAGACCAAGGACAGCAAGGAAACCCCUGGGUCUGAAAAUAAGAAGUCAUACUGCAAACUGGAAACUGCUACACGUGAACGGUCACAGUAUUCUCCGGGGUUAUCCAUUCUGAAGAAGGCGAUCUUACUGCAGUGUAUCGUCUACAUCUCUCUGCCUGUCAUUCUCUGCCUGUUUCCAUGGAUACUAGGCCAUGUUGUCUUUUCUCACCGGUUAAGGAUUCCGUACCUUGUGGACCUGGCCAGUCCAGCAGAGCUCUCCCUGAACCACACUCUAAACUUCUACCUCAGUCCAGAGGAGGGGAUCUCACUGGGUGUAUGGCAUACGGUUCCCGACAGCCAAUGGGAGAAGGCCCAGGGGGCCGGCCCUGAGUGGUACAGUGAGACUCUGGGAGAUGGUUCUCCUGUUAUCAUCUAUCUCCACGGCAACGUGGGCUCCAGGGCCAUAAACCACAGAGUGGAACUUGUGAAGAUCCUAAGUGCAGCAGGGUAUCAUGUACUGUCACUGGACUACAGAGGUUAUGGAGAUUCCAGUGGGGAACCCAGUGAGGUUGGGUUGACCUCUGACGCCCUCUAUCUGUACCAGUGGGUAAAGACACGCAGCAGGACCAGCCAGAUCUGUCUGUGGGGACAUUCCCUGGGUACUGGGAUGGCCACCAACGCUGCUGUAAAGAUACAGGAACAGGCAAUGGAGUUGGCAAGAGAAAGAGCACGCGAUCUGAGGGCCGGAACACAAGCCGAUCUGGAGCCAAGCUAUGCUGUUGAUGGUGUGAUCCUGGAGGCUCCUUACACCAAUAUGGAGGAGGAAGUAGCCAGCCAUCCCCUCAGCAUGAUGUAUCAGUGGCUUCCGGGUUUUCAGAGCGUUCUUCAUCACGUCAUGCGAAGCAACAACAUGGUGUUCGCUAACGAUGAAAAUUUAAAGACCUUGACCACUCGUAUCCUUUUCCUACACGCUGAGGAUGACAAUGUGGUUCCUUUUUACAUGGGCCAGAAGCUGUACCAGAUUGCACUUCAAGCCCAUAGACAACGGUAUGCAGAGGACCAGGUGCACAUGGUAUCCUACAGUGGAUCCUUAGGAUACUCACACAACUACAUCUAUUUGGAUCCCAACCUGGCCAGUGUGGUUGGGCAGUUUCUACAAAGCAAGAAUAACAACAUUCAUCGACCGAUAGUCCGACAGACCUCCCCCUCCGCCUCGUGUCAUUGGAGGCCAGCCGGCUUAUACCGUCCACCGGAUACUGGAUUCCCGCCGGGUGCAGCGGUCCUGGCAGUAUCUGGUGGACUGGGAAGGCUACGGUCCUGAGGAGCGCUCCUGGGUUCCUGCCAAAGACAUCCUGGACCCUGACCUCAUUCGUCAGUUCAGGGUCCUCCACCCUGAGAGAGCUGGUAGGAACGUCAGGAGCCGUUCCUAGGGGGGGGAUUCUGUCAGGAUUUGGCCAGGGUUGUUCCGGGUUUUGGUCAGUAGAUGCCCCCAUUGUGCUUUUUGUCCUUAUGUUUUUCCCUUGAUCCCCAUUAUUAUUUGCACCUGUGCCUCGUUUCCUCUAAUUGUAUUUAAACCCUUAGUUUCCCUCAGUUCUGUGCUCUGUGUUUGUAUGUUAGCACCCUGCCCUAGUGUUCUGUGUACUCUUGUCGAUUCCGGGUGACGCUCUUGUGGUAUUCUGUUUUUUGUUUAUUUUUUGUGAGUUUCUUUUGAGGCCUUUUUGUGCUUUUCCUACCACCUUUUGGAUUUGCCAUUUUUUGUAUUUAAGGAUUUUUUCUUUAUUAAAUACACCGUCUUAAG